AUGAGUGAGAAAGCUGAGGAGCACCGGCUCGAAGAGAGGCUGAAGCAGUUGAGGUGCCACUUUACAUGGUCAUUGCCCAUUAUGGACAUUGAAAUACCUGACUUAGAAAGCAGGAUCCUGGAGGAAAUUGAGUUCCUAGACACCAACUACAGGGCAGGAAUACACAACCUAAUGGCCUAUGUGAAACACCUGCAGGGCCAGAAUGAGGACUCCCUGGAGAGCUUGAAAAGGGCUGAAGAGUUAACCCAGCAAGAACACGCGGACCAAUCUGAUUUGCGAAGUCUGGUUACCUGGGGCAACUAUGCCUGGGUGUACUACCACAUGGGAAGAAUGGCGGAAAGCCAGGCUUACCUGGACAAGAUAGCAAACACCUGCAAGAAGUUUGUAAGAGCCCCCUGCUACAGAGUGGAGUGUCCUGAGAUGGACUGUGAGGAAGGAUGGGCCUUGCUGAAGUGUGGAGCACAGGUUACUUAUGAACGGGCCAGAAUAUGCUUUGAAAAGGCACUAGAAGUGGAGCCCGAAAACCCUGAAUUCUGCAUUGGGUAUGCAAUCACUCUCUUUCGCCUGGAUUCCUUUGCCUCAGAAACAAGGGAAAAUGAUUUUUCUCUGCCUGCUCUAAGGAAGGCUGUGAGGCUAAAUCCAGAAGAUGUCUAUAUUAAAGUGCUCCUGGCCCUGAAGCUUCAGGAUGUGGGGCAAGAAGCUGAAGGAGAACAAUACAUUGAAGAAGCACUGAGAAGCAAGUCCUCCCAGACCUAUGUCUUCCGCCAGGCAUCCAGGUUUUACCGAAAAAAGGGCUUUCUGGAGAAAGCUAUCCAGCUCUUAAAAAUGGCCUUACAGUCAGCACCUACAUCUGCCUUCCUGCAUCACCAGAUAGGGCUUUGCUACAGGGCCCAAGUGUUUGAUGCUAAAUAUGGGCGAACAAGAUGGCAGGAUAAAGAAACUGACAAGAGAAUACAAUUAGCCAUAUCUCAUUUCGAGUAUGCUGUGAAACAGAAGCCCACAUUUGAUAUUGCUUAUAUACACCUGGCAACUAUGUAUGUAGCGGCAGACCAGAUCCACAAAGCUGAAGAAACUUAUCAGAAGGUGUUAAGCAUCAAACCACUGGAAGAUCUCAAGAAGCAAAAGGUACAUUUUAGCUAUGGAAGAUUUCAGGAAUUUCAAAAGAAAUCUGAAAUUGGAGCAAUUGCCCACUAUUUAGAAGCAGCAAAGGUAGAAAAACCAUCAGAAGUAAGGGACAAAAGUAUCCAAUCUUUGGAGAAAUUGGCUUUCAGGAGAUUUCAAAGAAAUGCAUUAGAUAAGGAAAAUUUGAGCCUCCUAGGGUUUAUCUGCAAACUGAAAGGAGAAAUGCAUAAAGCUCUGGAGUACUAUGAGGAGGCACUAAAGCUGGAUACUGACUUGGAGGACUCUGAGAGACCUGGUCUCUAG